ACUAUUAAGAGCAAACCACUGUGUUGUGUAGCAGCGUGAUAGUCGCACGUUGAGCUAGCUAUUUAACUUUCAGUAGCGUAUAUAUUUUAAGGUUGUGAUAAUGAUAUCCGGUAUGUGCCGAAUUGAUACAUAUAGUCUUGUUAGUGUUAUUAUUAUAUUAUUAGUAUAAAAUAGGUUGAGUUCUCUUCACUGGUUAAUGUUAAUAAAUCUGAUUUUUUUUAGAUUUUAAUAAGUAGGAGGCAAAUCUGGUUGUGGAUACUUCAGAGAUAGUUUAGUAUUCAUAUCAGGAUGCCGCCUAGAAGAGAUACCUCGAGAAAUAAUGCAGGAGGACAACAGAUUGUGAUGGACAGGGAAACUUUCUUGGACAUGGUUAGGGAGGUAGCUAAUCAGCAAAGGCAGAAUCCUCCUGGUAAUGUGCCCAAUCAGGAAGGCCAGACUAUGUUUGACCGUUUUAUGAAGCAGCGGCCCAAUGUUUUUAAGGAAGCUAAACACCCUAUGGAUGCUGAGGCUUGGAUUGAUCACAUGGAGAAAAUAUUUCGGGUCCUAAAUUGUUCUGAGGAGGAGAAAGCUCGUUUUGGUAUCUACCGUCUUGAGGGGGAUGCUAGUACUUGGUGGAAGUCAGUGGUGGCUUCUCAUGCAGCUGGGUAUGAGGACACUCUCACCUGGAAUGUGUUCAAGACACAUUUUGAUCAGAGAUAUUUUCCUGCUAGUGUUCGGGAAGAGUAUGCUCGUGAGUACCAGAAUAUUGCUCAGAAGGAGGAUGAGUCUGUGGCAGAUUUCCAGAUUCGAUUUCAGAGGUUGGCUAAUUAUGCUCGGUCUAUUGCUGGGAACGACGCUGAUAAAAUUAUGAAGUUCAAUAUCUUAAGAGUAGAAAGUUUCUGCAGAUUCUCUGCCCCUCUAUACUAA